UGGCGUCACUGGGUGGCAUCAUUGGCGCGGCCGUGCUGGCCUGGCCUGGCCGGGCCGCUCCGCUCGCAUGGAGGACGAGGAGUGCCCCGACCUGGUGCCGAUCGGCGGCGCAGGGGAGACUGAGCCGGGCCCCGGCAGGAGGAUCCCGGUGACGAUCAUCACGGGGUACCUGGGAGCUGGGAAAACCACUCUUCUAAAUUACAUACUGACAGAACAGCAUAAUAAAAGAAUAGCAGUUAUCCUGAAUGAAUUUGGAGAAGGAAGUGCCUUGGAGAAAUCUCUGGCUAUCAGUCAAGGGGGAGAACUCUAUGAAGAAUGGCUGGAGCUCAGAAAUGGCUGCCUGUGCUGUUCAGUAAAGGACAAUGGUGUGAAGGCUAUUGAGAACUUGAUGCAAAGGAGAGGAAAAUUUGACUAUAUAUUGUUAGAAACAACUGGUUUGGCAGAUCCAGGAGCUGUGGCCUCCAUGUUCUGGGUUGAUUCUGAACUGGGAAGUGACAUCUACCUUGAUGGAAUUUUGUGUGUUGUUGACGCAAAGCAUGGAUUGCAGCACUUGACAGAGGAGAAGCCAGAAGGCCUUGUCAAUGAAGCAUCUCGGCAGGUUGCAUUAGCUGAUCUUAUAAUUAUCAAUAAAACAGAUUUGGUUUCAGAGGAAGAAUUGAAUAAAGUCAGAACAUCUGUGAGGUCAAUAAAUGGACUUGUUAAAAUUCUAGAGACACAAAGAUCAAGAGUUGAUCUCUCCAAUGUCUUGGACCUACAUGCUUUUGACAGUUUAUCUGGAAUAAGUUUGCAGAAAAAGCUUGAGCAUGUGAAGACAACACAUGCACAUCUGGAUAAGGCUAUAACUACAGUAACAUUUGAAGUUCCAGGAAAUAUAAAAGAAGAAAACUUAAAUGUCUUUAUUCAGAAUCUUCUGUGGGAAAAGAAUGUGAAAGAUAAGACUGGACGCACCAUGGAUGUCAUAAGACUGAAGGGACUGGUAUCUAUUCAAGGCAAAUCUCAUCAGGUGAUUGUCCAAGGUGUCCAUGAGCUCUAUGAUCUGGAAGAGACUAAAGUAGCCUGGAAAGAAGAUGAAAAGAGAACAAAUAGACUAGUUCUAAUUGGCAGGAACUUGGACAAAGAGACCAUUAAAGAAGUAUUCAUAGCCACUGUAAGAGAAAAACAACGGAACAGUUGACAUCAAACUACAGAAAAGAUUAAAUGUCUAUUCUUAAUCCUACAAUCUGUUUAUGACAGAGAAAACUGAAUGACAUGAGAUAUAGCAGUUUCUCUGUCCUUUUUCAGUUUAUACAACAGUUAAACCCUGAAGUCUUCCUAAGAAUCAAGCUGACUGACUACUUAAACAUUAGCUCCUAUGGUCUAGAAUCAAACACAGUUCUACCAUUUUGGAUUUGGCUUAAGUUAUGUCAGUAACAUCAUGCACCUGUGCAGAAGUGCAGAUAGGCAAAAGACUGUUGCUUAUGCUAUACAUGAAAUAUUGUAAUAGGGAUAUGGUAAAUGUGUUUGAAGCCUAGUGCUUUCCCUAGCUAACUGUCUUCUACUACUUGAAAUAAAGCAAUAGUGAUUAUUGCCAGUGAUGUAAUCACAGUAAAAAUUAUUUAGUGUUUACUAUUAAACUGUCUUCCAUCUCUUUCCA